CCAUUCCACAGACUUUGAAGUGCACAGAAAUUGGCUUGCAAUCACCCACAGUUUACCGGUGUCACAGUGGUAUUAUGAGAAAGCCCUCGAGACCUCUGACUGAUCCUUUCCGAGCCGGUAGAUGAAGCCGUCCUUUCCGGUCACGUCUUCGGAAAGUCCCGACGGGUGCCGUGUCUCGGUUUGUGGCCCAGGCGACCUCCGAGUGGACCUUGGAUUAUCCUCCCUUUUUCGCCUGGUUCGAGUUCGCUCUGUCCCACGUGGCCAAGUAUUUUGACAGAGAGAUGCUGGCCGUCCGCAACCUGAACUACGCCAGCCCCCGGACCGUGCUUUUCCAGAGGCUCUCGGUCAUCUUCACGGACCUUCUCUUUAUAUACGCUGUCCGAGAGUGUUGCCGGUGCGUGGAAGGAAAGAAAAGCGGGAAGGACCUCAUGGAGAAGCCGCCCUUCAUCCUGGCGGCCCUCCUUCUGUGGAACUUUGGCUUGCUGAUCGUGGACCAUAUUCACUUCCAGUACAACGGCUUUUUAUCCGGCCUGAUGCUGCUGUCCAUCGCGCGGCUCUUUCAGAAAAGGCAUUUGGAGGGAGCCUUCAUCUUCGCCGUCCUUCUGCAUUUCAAGCACAUCUACUUGUACUUGGCCCCGGCUUACGGCGUCUACUUGCUGCGCUCCUACUGCUUCACGGCCAACAAGCCAGGCGGGUCCGUCCGCUGGAGCAGCUUCAGCUGGCUGCGGGCCGCCGCCCUGGGCUCCAUCGUCGGCCUCGUGUCCGCUCUCUCGCUGGGCCCCUUCGUGGCCUUGAACCAGCUGCCUCAAGUCCUUUCGCGGCUCUUCCCCUUCAAGAGAGGCCUCUGCCACGCCUACUGGGCUCCCAAUUUCUGGGCUUUAUACAACACAGCGGACAAAGUCCUCUCGGUCCUCGGCUUGAAAUACGGACUUCUGGAUCCCGAGAAGAUCCCCAAAGCGUCGAUGACGAGCGGCCUGGUCCGGCAGUUCCAGCACACGGUCCUUCCGUCUGUGACGCCCCUGGCCGCCCUCGCCUGCACCCUGGUCGCCGUCUUGCCCUCUGUUUUCUGUCUUUGGUUUAAACCCCAAGGGCCCAGAGGCUUCCUGCGCUGCCUGGUCCUCUGCGCGCUCAGCGCCUUCAUGUUCGGGUGGCACGUCCACGAGAAAGCCAUCCUCCUGGCGAUCCUGCCCAUGAGCCUCCUGGCCGUGGAAAGCGCCAAGGAUGCUGGCACCUUCCUGAUUCUGGCCACCACCGGACACUACUCCCUCUUCCCCCUGCUCUUCACGGCGCCAGAGCUCCCCGUUAAAAUCCUGCUCAUGCUGCUGUUCACCGUCUACAGCGUCUCCUCGCUGACGGCCUUGUUCAGGAAGGAGAGACCUCUUCUUGGACGGAUGGAAACCCUGUACCUGGUUGGCCUGGGGCUUGUCGGCGUGUGCUGCGAGCUGCUGUUCCCCCUCAGCCCCUGGGCAUCGAGGUUUCCCUUCGCCCCCCUGCUCUUCACCUCGGCCUACUGCGCCCUGGGCGUCUCCUACGCCUGGGGCAGACUCUACAUGUCGGUGCUGACCGGGCCCCGGGGCAACCGGCCCAAGAGAGCCUGAGGGGCACGGCCCCGCCGGGACGGAGGCUGCAGUCGGCCGGGCGGCGGGGACGGGACACCGUCUCUUCCCCUGCAAACAUCCCCACGCUCCGCCCUCCCAGUCUUCCACACCGUCAACGUCCCACACCCCCCGGGGGGGUGUCCAAUACGGGCGGGAGGUAGUAGCCGGAGAAACGUGUUAAUAAAAGGCCUGUUUUCUA